UCUUACUCCAUAGUCUUUUUCUUUUGUUUUUCCACCCGGUGUUUGGUAUCCGUAUUGAAGUUCGACUAUAUCCGAAUUCGCGCCGCGUAUCGGGAGAAAACCUACCAAGUAUUAUUUCAUUACCAAGUAUUAACCUUUUGGUUAACUAGGAGCAACACCGUCCUCUACGCCACACCCUUUGUGGUUCUUACUCCAUAGUUAACGAACAAUAAAAGGAAGAAAACAUCCCCUUGGUUUCCCAGCUGUUUGCUAUAUCUCACUCCAAAUUUGGAUUAUUAUUUCGCCGCCAGUCUCUCCCAAAGUCAGACAUGAAUCUUCCUCACUUUCAUCCAAUUCCACAGCGCUCAUUCAAUGUCUACUUCUCUACAAUUUCACGUUUUCAGAUAGGUUCAAGAGCAACUAGUCCCAGACAAAUUCCAGCACGAGACAGAGUGAUAGAUUUUGGAAAAUACAAAGGUAAAAUGCUGGGUACACUCCCAUCUAAAUACCUCAAAUGGGUUUCCAAAAAUCUUCGAGCUCGCGAUUUUGAAGAGUGGGCCAAGCUCGCAGAUGAAGUCCUUUCUGACUCUGUGUAUAAGGACCGAAUUGAGUGGGAGUUUGCUCAGAAUCUCCUGAACGGGGACGUUUCAGCAAGCACGCAGAGUGCAGUUUCUGAGUUGCUGGAAAUCAGCACAAGAUUUGGUUGGGACAAUGAAGAUAAGUUGGGUUGGAGCAAAAUUGAUUAUGAAUUACUUGGUACAUCCAAAGGCGGUCGAAUACCAAGACUUUCUGAUUCUCCAACUAAGAACACCAAUUUAAAGGGAACAGCUCAGGAGGAGGAAACUGGAGAAGGUGAAAAAGACAGCAGGGAGAGAAGACGGGAACGGAUAAGGUUACAGAGGAAAAAGAAUGAUUCUGGCUCGCGGUUGCAAUCUUCAACUAUGACAGAAAGAAUAAGAAAUUUACAGAAUCCUGAGAAUCAUACUGAUUAUAAUACAAUCAACAAAGACCAUUCUGUAUCAAAUACUGGAAGUCGUUUUCCUGGGCGCGAAGCACUGUUGAAGAAGGCCUUGUCUCUUGGUAGCAGGAAACAGUUCUAGCAACUGUGCAAUUAUCUGUUUUGAGAUUUUGUUAGUGUAUACAAAAACUGGUAAAGUUGCUGCCAUGUGAUGAGGAGGUUACGGGUUCGAGCCGUGGAAACAGCCUCUUGCGGAAAUGCAGGUAAGGUUGCGUACAACAGACCCUUUAUGGUCCGGCCCUUCCCUGGACCCCGCGAAUAGCAGGAGCUUACGUGCACCGGGCUGCCCUUUUUUAGUGUAUACCAAAAUUGAAUUCGUUCUUGCUCAAAGCAUACUGCUAAGCUGGCGCAUUUGUCAUAAACAAGGAUAGUGCAAGCCCCAAAAAGAGAAUGCAAGAUUGGAUUUUAAAUAAAUUUUGGCUACUCUUAGAAUUGUAGCAGCAAAACUGUGCAACUAGCUUAUGUCUAUUGUUGUAAACUCAACUGUACUUGAUGUUUUGGCAGCAAGGGAAGCAUAUUGAAUGGUUUUGCAACAAAGUAUAUUUGU